AUGACGACGAUAAUGGUGGUGAGAAGUUGCAUGAAAUCGUCACUAAAACUUGUUAAUUCCUUAUUUGGGAUGUGUGGGAUUGCGAUGAUUGUUUACGCUGCGUGGAUGAUUAAGAUUUGGCCUGUAUCUAACCCCCACUGUCACUCUGCUUCAUGGUUCAUGUAUACUAUACUUGGAUUUGGUGCACUUGUGUGUGCAAUAACAUGUUUUGGUCACAUUGCUGCAGAGACGGCUAAUGGUUGUUGCUUGUAUUGUUACCUCGUCUUUAUCUUUUCUCUCUUAAUGCUGGAAGGAGCAGUCACAAUUGAUGUAUUCUUGAAUCCUAAUUGGGAAAAGGACUUCCCACAGGACCAAAGUGGAAACUUACGUGAGCUGAGAGAUUUUAUCAGGAACAACAUUGACUUUUGCAAAUGGGUUGGCUUGUCUAUUUUAUCUGUUGAGGCAUUGUCUGUGUUUUUGGCUCUCAUUCUAAUAGCUGUUGGGCCACAUAAAAAAGUAUACGAUUGUGAUGAUGAGUGUACUCCAGAAAGGGUCCCAUUGUUGAAAUGUUAUUCAAACUCAAAUGAAUCUCCUUAUGUGAAUAUGAGGCCCAUUGAUAGCAGUAUUACACGGCAUUUCUAAAGCAUGCUAUAACGGUGGGAUACUGAUAUCUAAUUGCAGUUGACAACACGGAC